CGAAGCGUCAAGGAGAGUGUUAAACAAAUUUUUUCUUUGUGUUUUUUCCCGAAAAAACUCCCAAAAAGGCCCAAAUAUUUUAUUUUUUUUAUUUAAUGUUAGUGUUCUCCUAGUGAAAAUGAUGUGCUUAUCGGAACAUUCUGAACAGUAGCAUUCGUGGUUUGUGUGUUUUCGACAUUUUUCCGAAGUAGCACAAAAGUGGACUAGCCCGACCUUUUGGAAAUCGUCCUUGAUAGUGAAUUUCGCGGAAAACUCUGCUAAGUUUAAAAACUGUCGUACACAGGACGCUAUUUUCUUUUUAUUUUUUACAAUUACUGUAAUGUGCCCAAACCACUACGACAAAAAUUCCGUCAACUCUUUGCUGUCCCAGAAUAAUUUGAUCAAUUCCAAAAGAAAAGGUAUCUUCAUACACCCGACAGCAAUGUUUAAAAACUUUUUUAAUAGUGCUUACACAAAUCCGUGUAGUCGUUAAGGUUCUUCGCCAGUAAUUAGGGUUUUAAGGGUGAAUUUUGUUUCAAAUAAAAUUGUGAUAUUAAUACGUUAUUAUUGGUAAUAUAUCCGGCGAAACAAUGAAAUUGCUGGAGAGUACAACGUUUGAAGUGAUAAACAAUGCUUUGCAAAUACAAACAGGAGACAGUAAAAUUGUAGGUCGCAUCGAGAGUUAUUCUUGUAAGAUGGCCGGAGGGGACAAGGCCCUAUAUAAAAGAUUUAAUGCUGAAGGAAUCAACCCAAAUGAUUUACAAGCCUUGUCGCCUCCUCAGACAGUAACAGAAUAUAGCAGAAGCAUUUCUGGAGAUGAGGAUGGUCCACUGUGCGAUACAAUCAGUCGAAAGACUUUGUUCAAUUUAAUUGCUACAUUGAAUUCUUCAUUUCCAGACUAUGAUUUCAUGGAUGUAAAGAGCCACGAAUUCAGCAAAGAACCCUCCCUCCAAUGGGUAACCAACGCUAUCGACUCCAAUCUGACAGCGACAGCGGGAGACAUUUAUCGAUCGCUCCGUCCAGCCCUAUGGUCCGCUAUCGACAAUGAAAUCUCUUUGGAGAACUGCGACAUCUACUCGUACAAUCCGGACCUGGCCUCCGACCCUUUCGGCGAAGACGGGUGCCUCUGGAGCUUUAACUAUUUCCUGUACAACAAGAAACUGAAAAGGAUCGUUUUUUUCACGUGCAGGGCUAGCAAUCCAAGCUACGCCAUAGAUUCUGGUUUCGGAAGCGAUUUUGUAAUGGAUGAGGAUGAAGCUUAAUUUUUAAAUAAUCACAAACACAGUUCGUACCUAAUAGUAGUGGUUCUUUCAAAGAACAUUGAAAAAUUUGCUUGGUUUUCACUCCUAGUCGUACAAAAAUUCAAUGCUUUAAUUACUUUAUAUUUUAGUUGAUAGAUUUAUAACACCUGCUGUGAUACAGAGAAUGUUUUGAAUCUAUUAUAUUAUGAUACAUAACUCAUUAAAUUAGAAAAUUUCAGAUUAUACAUAUAUCAUAAAAAUUAUUUAAUAAAAAUUACACAAAACACACAUAUAAUAAAGUGUAAAAAUCAUACCAAAUAAACUUUUAGUCACGUGAUUAAGCUUGGCCGGCACAGCGUUGCCCAGUUUUACAUAUUUU